AUGGUCAUGAGGCAGCGGAACCCGCCCUGGCCGGGCGCCGCGGCGCAGCCUCCGCCACUGACAUCAGGGGCCAAGGUCCAGCCGGGGAGCGCACGGCGGCACCGGGAGAGCCUGAGCCGGGCAGCCGUGCCCCCGCGCAAGGCCAUGAGGCUGUGGCUGCUCUGCGGCUUCGCCGCCGCCGUGGCCCUCGUGGCCGUGGCCGGAGCCGACCACGGCGACUCGAAGAAGGGCGCGCGGGGGAGAGAGGGGCCAAGCGUCGGGGGCCGGCGGCGGCCCCACAGACCCUGCUCGGGGUGCUUCUCCGUCCUGAGCGAGGAGUCACGGUCGAUGUCCCGGCGCGACGGCGAGGACGAUGAGGUUCAGCCGGGCAGGCGGGAGAGAGCCAGGAGGGAGGACGAGGAACCGGCGCGGCCCGUGAGGCGCCCCGGCAGCGUCCUGCUGCCGCGACAGGAGGUGCUGAGCGCCCGGACGGUGCGGCGAGGAGCGGUGCCGGCAGCCGAGCGCAGCCCGAUGCCAGGAGAGAGCUGGGGGCCCGGCCACCCCAGGCCAUGCCGUGGGGCCCCCCUGGUGCCCCCCAGCCCUGAGGCAGAUGGGGAUGCCCAACCCCCCCGCCCAGGGCACAAGUGAGCCUAUGCCCAUGCCAGCACAUCCCCGCUGCCCCCCCGUCGUGCACCCCAAAGUGCUUCUCAGGGCAGCCCCCCCUGCGUUGCCAAGCCACCAAAUAAAGCCAAAGAGCUGGA